GGAACGAGGUGAUUGCAGUGGACUGGAAGGGCCUGAAGGAUGUGGAUCAAAUCAACAUGGACAGCACCAGCUCACUGCAUGGGAGCAGCCUCCAUCGGCCUUCUACGGAGCAAACACGAACUGAUUUCUCCUGGGACGGCAUCAAUCUCUCCAUGGAAGACACCACUUCCAUCCUUCCGAAGCUUAAGCGAAACUCUAAUGCCUACGGCAUUGGGGCCCUGGCCAAGUCAUCUUUCUCAGGGAUCUCAAGAAGCAUGAAGGACCAUGUGACAAAGCCGACGGCCAUGGGGCAAGGACGAGUAGCCCACAUGAUUGAGUGGCAGGGCUGGGGGAAGACCCCAACCAUUCAGCCACAACACAGCCACGAGGCAGUGCGCAGGGAUACAGAUGCCUACUCCGAUCUCAGCGAUGGCGAGAAGGAAGCACGUUUCCUGGCAGGUGUCAUGGAACAGUUUGCUAUUUCCGAGGCUACUCUUAUGGCCUGGUCUUCCAUGGAUGGUGAGGACGUGAGUGUCAACUCCGCCCAGGAGCCACUGGGCUGCAACUACAGUGACAACUACCAGGAGUUGAUGGAGAGUCAGGAUGCCCUAGCCCAAGCCCCCAUGGAUGGCUGGCCCCACUCCUACGUGUCCCAGGGCAUGUACUGUCUGGGGUCUUCAGAUGCCUGGGAAGCAAGCGACCAGUCCCUCAUUGCCUCUCCGGCCACAGGAUCCUAUCUUGGCCCUGCAUUUGAUGACUCACAGCCCAGCCUGCAUGACAUGGGACCUCCCCAGCCUGCUUCCGGAUACUCUGCUCAGGAGCCUCCAGCUUUGCUGGGAGGAGACACUGACUGGGCACCAGGGGGCAGUGGGGUGGACCUGGCCAGAGGCCCUGCUGAGGACGAGAAGAGGCCGCUAGCCCCUGAGGAGGAAGAGGAUGCUGGAUGCCGGGACCUGGAGUCACUUUCCCCACGAGAAGAUCCUGAGGUGUCCACUGCUCUCAGCCGGAAGGUGUCUGACGUCACAUCCUCAGGUGUGCAGUCCUUCGAUGAGGAGGAGGGCGAGGCCAACAACUAGCUUCUCUCUCCCCACUCCUACCCGAGGGCAUGGCUGCAACCCAUACCCUCCCUUGCCCUAUAGCACAGCUGAGCUGGGCAGAAGACAAGAACCUGGGAACUUCCAGUGCUCGCCCGCAAAGUGAGGACCAGCGAGGGGUUUUAUCCAGGCGUGCACUAGAAACCACAUGCCCAGAACUGAGACCCAGGCCCCUGGAUGGCUGUGAACCUGACGUGGCUGUGGGAGAAGAGCUGCAACUGUGGGCUUCUGGGUCUGUGCCCAUGUGCGCCGUGGGGACCGCAGCGCGGAGCGACCGUGCUGGAGACUGGAUCUCAGUUCUUCACGCCCUGAUUGCAUCUUCCAGGAGCCUUGGCUGUGCUGUUUGAAUGCCUCCUUCUUCCAUUUCACUCUUGCUUUUCCUGACUCUGUUUUCUCUGGCUGUGAGGAGCAGACCUCAGGGGCAGUUGGAUGUGGCUCGAGGCGCACGGGAGUGGCCUGAAGGGCAUGUCUGUGUCCAGGUGGAUGGACAGUCUGCCCUCUGCAGGGAGGUCAGCUCCUGAUCUCAGGAGGUGGACCCGGCAGCUGGGGGCACAGGCACGAGUCUUAUCUCAAGGUCUUCCCAGAGACAAGAAGGUCACUGAUGAGACCAAGAACAGAUGUGGCCGCUUGUUCUGGGCUCCUGAAUGUCCUGUGGCUAAAGGAGGAGCCUAAGGAUCAGAGCAAAGACUCACCUGGGGCUGGCUGCUCCAGCUCUGGCUGUCCUUCCUGCCUUCUUCCAUCCCGUGCUCCGGGAGUCCAGCCCUGAGGAGAGUGAGGGGACGCCAGUCUCAGAUUCGCUGACACAGGAGGCAGUGUCCCUGCCAGUGGGGGGAGCAUGAGGGCUGGGUCUCCCCCUGACCACCCCUAAUUCUCUGGAGCUGUUUACACUUUUCUCUUUGCCUUUUCUACAUUUUUAUAACUUCUUGGGGACUCAGGGUUGAGCAGGGUGGUGGGAGGAUUCCGGUGCUCUCAUUGCCCCGGCUGGGCUGGGCUGGCGGCUGUGGGCCAGGGUGGGCACUGGCUCCCUCUGCCCCUUCAUCAGCUCUUCCCAGGACUCCCGAGGUAGCCUCCCUGGUGUCCUGCGUCUGUCCCCAGGCCACCUGCUGGAGGAAGAGGGGAGAACCAGCACAUUCUUCCUUCCUGGACAAGUUUGCCAGGAGGCACAAGCUUGCCCGCCCGGGCAGUUUCCGCUCGGGUAUGAAGUGGACUGUGGGGUCAUGGAGCAGCAAGUGAACUCGCAUGUCUGUGAGGGCAGGGGAGCGGCGCUGGAGCAAAGCCACUGCAGAGGUGGCCCACACCAGCCCCGGGCGUGGGUGGAGUUGGAGUUGGAGAAGCUCCUUGCCCUGUUCCCUCUUUCCUUGUGCUCCUGCUCCACGGCCUGAGUCCUACCACAGUCUGUCAGGGGUCCUGUUACUUGAUUCUCUGCCGCCACGGCCCUGUUGUCCUCUUUGGGUGCACGCUGCCCCCAUCAGCUUGGAAUGAGGGGGUUGAGAGGGUGCUUCUGUUCAUCUGUGACCCUGCCUCCCACAAGCUCACAUGCGCCUGUGCUCAUGAGGGGGCCACAGGGCAGGCACCUGGGUUCAGGGGAGGGGGAGGCUGGCUAUCCUGAGGUUGGCUCUUGUAGGAACUAGGAGAAGGCGUGGCGAGCCGAGGUAGGUGAACAGACCCUGACUUCAUCUGUAUGCCUGAACGGGAGAAGAUACCUCUGGGUUUGUCCACGUGUUGUUAGCACACAGGACCUUUCUUCCAGGAGGUCUGGGCAGGGCCAGUGUAUCCACCCGGCCGCUGUCCCUGGCCCCAGACUCCUGCCCCAGGCCCUUGGGGUUUCGCAUGCUCACUCUACCUUCCUGCCCCAGCCCCCUUUCUUCGCCUUGCCCUGCCUACUCUGUCAGUGCCUCACCUCCUUUUUGUGUCACCUCCCCAGUGGCCCCAGUUCUUCCUCCCAGGUCCCAGCGUGCUGCGUCCAGGAAGGAGGCUCAUUCCUUAGAGCUGCCUUGUGCGCAGGCCUCUGGGGGGUUGGGAAAGGUAGACUAAAGCAGCCUUCUUUCCGCCCUCCCUUUCCAAGAAAGCCAAGUGGUCCCAGAUGAGAGAUGGCUAAAGACCAGAAGGCACCCAGUGGGGGUUCACACGGGGGCAGGGACUGGGUGUCCCGAAGCUGCUGGCGCAUGUGUGCAGGCAGGGGCGAGGGCGUUCUGCCUUUGGCCAGGAGCCCUGCCCUACUCUGAAGAGGAAAACUGAGGUGCUGGCGGGCGCCGGCGGAGGAACCGGCAGAGGAACCCCCUCUGGUGGGGCAGGAUGCAUGGGGACUGCUUUUAGCCUAUUUUACGGGGGUGGGUGGGGCAUGUGCCGGAAGAAGCUAUGGGGCGUGGGGAAGGGUUGCUUUUCCUUUGGGGUUAAAGGCUGUGCAGCACGUUUUACAGCAGCUCUGGAGCAGGGCUGUUUUAUAUUCUUGUGAAUGAAACUGCUCUUGCUAAAUGAUUUUUUUUUUGGGGGGGGUGCACUUUCAUUUUGAAUCGACUUUAUUAAAUGAAAAUCCAAACCUUCCAUUCCUCCCCUUCCACUGACCCUCUGCCAUCGCCCCCUUCCUUAUCCUGUCUUGAGGAGGGGAUCAUGGGGAGGGAGUUUAUUAUUAUCUUUGCCCCCACCUUGUACCCCACAUACCAUCUUCCAGGUCUGAGAAAUGCCCGUUUUUAUGGCCAGUCUUAGCAUGUUUUCUUAAUGUGAUAUUCCCACCCCAGGCCCAAGAGAGAUUCUAUGACAUAUAUUACAGAGAGAAUUGUAUAUAAAUAUAUAUAAAUAUUAUAGAUUAUAUACACGUGGGCACGGGCUUGAUGCCUACUGCCAACCCCCUGCCCAGGCCUUGGCAUCCCUCUCUCGGCCUGGGGAAGGGGAAGGGACGUGAAGCUGGGGAGGCCCAGAGGCUGUGUUCAGUGGCACUAAACAGAAUGUGGUGGCA